GAGAGUGUAGCUCGGGUAUUCUCGACUUUCAUCCCUUCUCCACCCAAUAAUGUGCAACGCGGUUUAGUUACAAAUACGCCACGAGAAAGUAGUCCUCAAUUCUAGUGGUUUGAAUAAGAGCGUGCUCCUUUUUUAUCGACAAAUGGUAGCUUAUCUUUUGCUCGCAACAAAAAUAAAAAUAAUAAUAAUAAAAAUGCAUAAUCAUAAUAGUAAUGACGCUCAUGUGGAAAAACUGAAAAGCCGUUGGAAUCAUUCCUUUGUGCUUAUUGUUCAACGCGAAUUAAUUGUUGCAUGUCACGGUUAAUGUGUCAAUAAAUUAAUAAUAUUAUUUAUACAUUUUGAAUUUAUUAUCAUGACGGCAGAGAAAAUUCGAAGGAUUAGAAGUAAUAAAUCGCCGAGGAAGGAUGAAGACCGGAAACCAUGGAACCCUAAUUUAGGUGACAAACGUGGCCGUACUUUUACAAGCCAGCGUCAGUACGACAUUUAUACGGCUUAUAAAUUUUUAGAGGAAGAGGCCGAUCAUAUAAAGCGUUGCGGCCAACCCUUAAUUCCUUUUCCUAAAAUUCGAGAGCGUACAGCUGCGCUCUUGAAAUGUGGGGUAGUGAGCGUUACCAAGUACGUUAAAAUGGGUGAGGCAGGUAUACCGUUCAAAACACCAGGUAGAGUACGAACAAGAAAACGAAAGUACAGAGACGUCAGUAAUGAUGUAAAAGAACAAAUCCGGAAGUUAAUUUAUGAUGCUUGCGACAAAAGUAAGUUUUCCAUUUUAAAUCUUUAUUCUAUAAUAUUUGAAUGACUUAUUUCUAUUUAUAUAUUUGUAAUUGUAAGUAAUAGAGAGAGUAUAAUUUUGAAAAAGAUAUUUUUCUGGAAAAAAAGAAGUUGUAAAAAAUAUAGGUUUGAAAAAUCCAAAAUCGUACAACUCAUAACACUCGUUUAAUCUUGAAUAAUAAUCAUAUCAUCAAAUAAAAAAAAUUUUAAUUAUAAACAGCUGUAUGGCAAUAAUGCGAAGUCGUCCUAAUGGGAUAAACGUACAGUAUAAAUAGGGAGUCUUCUUUGUUUUUUUUCUUUCAUUUAUUAUAGGGGUGUGUGGAUAUUCGAGUUUACGAAUUAUUCGUC